UCCGGCGCAUGCGCGAACCGCUCGCGUGGAGCAGCGGCGGCGGGAUGCGGCCCGGUUUUAGCCCCCGGGGGGGCCGCGGAGGCUUCGGGGACCGGAGGGGACGCGGCGGCUUCCGAGGGGGCCGAGGUGGCGGUUUCAAGUCCCCCGGCGGGGGCGGCCGUGGCGGUUUCGGUGGCGGCCGAGGAAGAGGAGGCCCCGGCCGGGGGGGCCGGGGGGGUCGCGGCGGAGGCGGCCGCGGCGGCUUCAAGGGCGGCAAGAAGGUGACGGUGGAGCCUCAUCGGCAUGAAGGGGUCUUCAUCUGCCGGGGGAAGGAGGACGCUCUGGUCACCCGCAACAUGGUGCCCGGCGAGUCCGUCUACGGCGAGAAGAGGAUCUCCGUGGAGGACGGUGACACCAAGGUGGAGUACCGCGCCUGGAACCCCUUCCGCUCCAAACUGGCAGCCGCCAUCUUGGGGGGCAUCGACCAGAUCCACAUCCGCCCGGGGACGAAGGUCCUCUAUCUGGGUGCCGCCUCGGGGACGACCGUGUCCCACGUGUCCGACAUCGUGGGACCGGAGGGACUGGUUUACGCCGUCGAGUUCUCCCAUCGCUCCGGCCGCGACCUCAUCAACGUGGCCAAGAAACGCACCAACGUCAUCCCCGUCAUCGAGGACGCCCGGCACCCCCACAAGUACCGCAUGCUCAUCGGCAUGGUGGACGUGAUCUUCGCGGACGUGGCGCAGCCUGACCAGUCGCGCAUCGUGGCCCUCAACGCCCACAACUUCCUGCGCAACGGCGGCCACUUCGUUAUCUCCAUCAAGGCCAACUGCAUCGACUCGACGGCGGCGCCCGAGGCCGUUUUCGCCUCCGAGGUGAAGAAGAUGCAGCAGGAGAACAUGAAGCCCCAGGAGCAGCUCACGCUGGAGCCCUACGAGCGCGACCACGCCGUGGUGGUGGGCGUCUACAGGCCGGCGCCGAAGCAGAAGUGACACCAUCUUCGUCCCCUUCCUCCUCCUCCUCCUCCCCCCUCCCUGACGGCGCUUUGGACCCUUCGGUUUGGGGCGAAAUCUCGCCGUUUUGGGUGGUUUUUUUCUUUUUUUUUGUGCCGCGCCGGGUUUUUAUUAAAAACAGAGAGAAAAAAGCA